GAAAAAGGAGCGGACCCAUCCGCCUCUUAUCUUGAGGGCGGUCCUGUAUUUGGGAACUGACUUGAAUUUGAUUAGAGACUCUCUGCACCUGUGACUGUUGUUUCUGGCACAUGACAUUCAGGGAGGAAACGACGCCAAAUUUCAUAAAGCUAGUCAGGCUUUAAAAAGCGUUUUCUGAUUGAUGAAUAGGUGCAAAUUACCAUUUGCCUUUGGAUCUGAGGGGAAAAACAGAUGGAGGGGAUGCUGAGUUUAAAACCUACUUCGCCCAGUUGUUCAUCCAGAGACCCCUCUCCUCCAUCUGUGCCGGAUGCUCAAGAAGAGUUGAAUGUCCAACCAUCUCCUGUAGCUAAUGGUACAGAAGCACCACCACCACUACCCCCACCCCCUCCACCUCCUCCUCCUCCUCCAGCUCCUCCACCUCCUGCAUCCUUUGGCUCUUGUGACAUCCAAAGACGUUCCAUGAAAAAACUGAACUGGGACACACUACCUAACCAUCAUGUGUUGGGUAAGCUGAACGUGUGGACAUCCAAACGGACUCAGAGGGACCUGGUAUUGAAUAUACAAACCAUGGAAGAGUUAUUUAGUCAUGAUGACAAAAGGGCAUCGCUACGGGCUUCAAAAGUCUUCAGUUUAAGUAAAAGUGAUGGGAUGAACUUGUGUGGACAGGACUCUCAGGUGACAAUAUUGGAUUCUAAGCGAAGCAUGAAUAUCGGGAUCUUCCUAAGACAUUUCAAAAGGCCUGUGAGUGAAAUAGUGGAGGACAUUCGUCAGGGGAACUGGCAGAGGUUUGGAAAUGGCAAACUCAAAGAGCUUUGUAAGCUUCUACCAGAAGAAAGUGAGGUAAAACAGCUGCAGUCAUACAGAGGUCAACUGUCUGUGUUACCCGAGGCAGACCAGUUCAUGGUACAGCUCAUUAAAGUCCAUGGCUACGGGGAACAUCUAAAAAUGAUGCUUCUGAGGGAGGAGUUCCUUCCCCUCAUGGAGGAAGUGAAGAAUGCCAUUGCGGUCAUGACCAAAGCAGCUAAUGAACUGUUGGACUGCGAUGACCUCCAUUCGGUGAUUCGACUAGUAUUGAAAGCUGGGAAUUACAUGAACGCUGGUGGUUACAGUGCAAAUGCCGUAGGAUUCAGGGUGGCUUCCCUGCUCAACUUGGCAGACACCAAAGCCAACAAGCCUGGCAUGAACCUCAUGCACUAUGUUGCCAAGCAAGCAGAGGAGAUUGAUGCAGAGUUGCUGACUUUUCCCAGCCAACUUGGGCACAUUGGGAUGGCAUCAAGAAUUUGUAAAGAUGACAUAAUCAAGGACUUGAAGGGGGAAAUCCAGAAGAUGGAAGAAGUUAAGCUGUUUAGCAGCAUACACCCUGGACUCUUGCAACAAAUAGAACAAUUUCUGAAGAGGGCAGAUUCUAUGCUUGCAGACGUUGACCUGUCCCUAAGUGAGCUGAAGGCUUUAAGCGAUGCUGUCGCAGGGUACUUCUGUGAAGACCCAGCUACCUUCAAACUUGAAGAGUGUUGUUCCAUCUUUUACUCAUUCUGUAAACGGUUUGACAAAGCUGUACAGGAGAACAGAGAGAGAGAAGCUGUUGAACAUAGACACAAGCGCUCGGAGAGCAUGCAAGUAGCUGCUAAACGACGCUCUGUGGCAUCAUGUUCAGCACUUGACCCUACAGAUGACUCAUGCUUGGAGUCUGCGCUGCACAACCUUCUAUCCAAACCCCCGUCUGGUUUAAGCAGAUGUAGGAAGAAUUUCCAACCCCAGGCUAAAGGCUUGCGUUCUGAAUCCUGUUCUCAAACUUCACAAAAAGAAAUGCCAAUUCCUUGCAAAACUACAGACAGCCCGGAGAAGAAACAAACUAAGCUACUUAAAGACAUGGAAUUGGCAAAAUUGGAGCAGGAAGAAGCCGAAAAGAUGCGUGAGAUAACCCGGAAGGUGCUUUCCUACCAAAAUGUCAAAGGCAGCCGUAAUGAUGAGAAGGUACCGGGGAGUCCUCGGCAUUCGAAAGGAGAACAGGGUGAGGCUAGUACUCCACGUACCCCUUCACCUAGAACUAGGGACUACUUCUUUACCAGUAAUGGUACUGUGGGAUCUCCAUGGACUAUUCUGAGCCCCGUAAGUUGGUCUCCAAGAAGCAACGCCCUGCGAGGCAAAGCCCAGAGAGGAUCAUCAUCGUCUUCUGGAAAUGAUCCUGAUGAUGGAGUCUGGGAGAAUGAUGAAACCAACUUGAAAACUCAUAGUAGUCAGGAAAGUCUGACUUCUCCAUCUGGAGGAUCUGCCUCCCUUCCUGAGUGCAUCCGUCAGAGAGCAUUGUCACAGGCACCACUGCUCAGGUCGGCCUCCGUGGAUGAAACCCUCCGUUCUCCUAGAAUGGGCUUCCGGCUGAGAUACUUGUUCCAGAGAAGCAUGUCUCAAAGAUCCUUCUCCUUUGAAUCAAAAAUGGGAGAUAUAAAGGAAAGAAGUGACAGAAAGGUGGAAAAUUAUGCUGAGGGGUCAUCUGGAUUAAAGUCUUUGUUUAAACGUAUUGGAAGCAGAAGUAAACUCUGCAAUUUGGAAGAGAAAACAUGAAAUGAUUCACUUCUUAGUCUAAAGUUUUAAAGAUGGAAACUAGGCUUUGUCAGUUUUUCUGUGUUUUAUAUGGCUAAUGUUGAAUGUUUGUCUUUUUAUGUCAUGUUUUUACCCUUUAGAGGGCAUACGGCAAAUGGGGACUUGCUUUGCACUCUGAGGGUGUUUUUUUUUUUUUUUUUUU